CUUAGGGAAGAAGUAAUUUGGCGAUAUAUUUGUACGGUAUUGUUCAACAAAGUUUAUCGGUCUUUGUCUUGGUUGAUCAAGAAUGAUUUUAUCAAUAUUGUUUUUGAUUCUCUGCGCCACAGUUGUAGGUGGCCAAACGCCUCCGGUCUACAAGUUUGACCCAAAAUAUGAUACAUGUGGGUCAGGAUCUUUUUCAGAUUUUAGGAUGCAAUAUCUUGAAGGUACUUAUAUAAUGUGUCUUAGGUGGUCUGAUUCGCCCCUUACUUUCUUUGGAGCUAGAAACUAUUGUCAGAUUCGUGGAACAAGGUUGGGCGUUUUUGAUACAAUGGAUAAAAUGAAAAUUUUACAGACACGAAACAACUUGACCUUGAUUGGUUUAGAUGACUUAAAAACUGAAGGCAAGUUCAUAUGGCAUAACGGCGCAGAGCUCAACAAUGCACCCAACAGUGGUUUCUUUAAUGAAGAUGAGCCAAGUAAUAGUGCUGGCAUUGAAGACUGCGUCGUCUUGCAUGGGAGCUUACUCAACGACGUAACGUGCACUACUCUAUACGACUUCGUGUGCGAAUUAGUAUAAAUAAAUAAAUAUAUAUAUAUAUAUAUAUAUAUAUAUAUAUAUAUAUAUAUAUAUAUAUAUUACAAGAAAAUUCUAUACUGGACAUUUUUAUGUAUAACGAAUAGCUAUAAAUUGCAACUUUUUUGAUGUAAUAUCUUGUGUGAAUUUUUACCACUAUAGAAGAAAAUAAAAUUAUCUAAACUCUUAUAAUUGUGACUUUUGUUUAGUUGGCAAUAUUGUAGUUCAAUUUAGCGUCUCUAUGUAUCACUUAGUAAAUCGUGAAAAUCUUCUAUGUUAUAAAUAUUAUAUUAUGAA